UGGCUACUGUUAAACUUAACCUGCUUGCCCUCAUUUUUCUGUUUCUUUCACUCCUUCCUUGUUUUGCAUUUGAAUGCCUUUGGCUGAUGAUUGGACCCUGUUUGCCUAACUGGUUAGAGAGGAAUCCCCUUUCUCUACUCAAUCUGGAUUCUGUUUGGACUCAAUAAUUCUGUGAUGUUGGAGUUACAGCCCUUAUAAAAAUGAAUGGAUUUGUUGCAGAUGGCCCGUUUUCUAGUGGUUCCUCUUACGUGCUGCUCCUCGCAUUCACGGAAGAUUUAGAAUGCAUCCCUGGAUUCCAACAAAAGGUUUUUCAUAUUGAACACCCGCCUGCAUUCACGGCAGACCGGCCAAUUCUGAAUUUGGUGUUCGACGAUUGUCAAGGAAAUCACAGAUUGAGCUUUGAAGUUUCAAAUCCAGACUUCAAAGUGGAACCCAACGGAGGUUUAGUUGCACUGAGAAACCUAUCAGAAGCUGGCAGGACCUUUUUCAUCCAUGCCCGGUCAGCACAAGCUGAAGAUACAGCAGAGGUAUUGAUCGUUGGCAGAAAAGAAAAGCAUGGUUCUUUAAAGGAAAUCUUUAAAACAGAAGGCAGCGCUGGCAUUGUACGGCAAAGGAGGUCUAUUGUGGCAACCCCGAUCUUAAUCCCUGAAAAUCAGAGACCUCCGUUUCCAAGAACUGUGGGCAGAGUUAUAGACAAUGACAGACCCGAGGGAUCAAAAUUCCGAAUAUUUGGGAAAGGAGUGGAACAGGAGCCAAGGGGAACUUUUGUAAUUGAUGAGAGCACUGGAGAAGUCAAGGUGACACGGUCGCUGGACAGAGAAGCAGUUGCCACAUAUCAGCUCCAGGUGGAGAUCACCGAUGCCAGCGGGAAAAGCAUAGAAGGCCCCGAGCCUUUAGACAUCGUUGUUAUUGACCAGAACGACAACCGGCCACUUUUCCGGGAAGGGCCAUACGUUGGGCACAUCAUGGAAGGGUCUCCUACAGGAAGCACGGUAAUGCACGUGACUGCUUUUGAUGCCGACGACCCAGCGACAGAUAAUGCUCUGUUGAGAUAUAACAUCCUCAAGCAAACGCCAGACAAGCCCUCUCCAAACAUGUUCUUUAUCGACCCAGACAAAGGGGACAUCGUCACGGUGGUGUCACCUGCCUUGCUGGACCGUGAAACCAUGGAAAGCCCAAAGUAUGAACUAAUCAUAGAAGCAAAGGACAUGGCCGGCCUGGAUGUUGGAUUAACGGGCACAGCGACAGCAACAAUAAUUGUCGACGAUAAAAAUGAUCAUGCCCCAGAAUUCACCAAGAAAGAGUUCCAAGCCACCGUGAAGGAAGGCAGCACGGGGGUGAUCGUGAAUUUAACUGUUGAAGAUCGGGACGACCCAGCGACAGGAGCCUGGAGAGCGGUUUACACCAUCAUCAAUGGGAACCCAGGACAAAGCUUUGAAAUCCAUACCAAUCCUGAGAAUAACGAAGGGAUGUUGUCUGUUGUCAAGCCUUUGGACUAUGAGAUUUCAGCUUUCCACACACUGCUAAUCAAGGUAGAAAAUGAAGACCCGCUGGUUCCAGAUAUCUCCUAUGACACUAGUUCUACUGCAACGGUUCAGAUCACUGUUCUGGAUGUCAAUGAAGGCCCUGUUUUCCACCCAAACCCAAUGACUGUCACCAAACAAGAAAACAUUCCUAUUGGAAGUGUUGUGUUGACUGUCAAUGCCACUGAUCCAGAUACCUUGCAACAUCAGACUAUAAGAUAUUCUAUUGCCAAAGAUCCAGCAGACUGGUUGGAGAUCAACCCUACAAAUGGUACUGUUCGCACCACGGGUAUUCUCGACCGUGAAUCGCCAUUUGUCUUCAACAAUGUGUACACAGCAUACUUUCGGGCAAUAGACAGUGGUAGCCCAUCUGCAACAGGUACAGGGACACUGCAGAUUAUUUUGGAAGAUGUGAAUGACAACGCCCCCACUCUUUAUCAAACAGUAUCAAGUGUCUGCGAAGAUGCAAAAGAUGUGAAAGUCAUCUUUGGAGCCUUAGAUAAAGACAUCCGCCCCAACACAGACCCAUUCAAAUUUGAGUUGAGCAAACAGUCUGGACAGGAUAAAGUAUGGAAAAUCACCAGAAUCAACAAUACCCACGCUCAGGUCACCUUGCCUCAAAACUUGAAGAAGGCCAACUACAACAUCCCUAUUUUGGUGCAAGAUUCGGGAAAGCCUCCGCUAACGAGCACAACGGACCUAAAAAUCCAGGUCUGCUCCUGCACGAAAUACAAAUUUGAGUGCAGUGCAUCUUCCACCCUUCACAUCAGCCCGCUCCUAAUCUUCGCUAUGCUCUUCAGUUUAAAUUGUCUGUAACAACUCCUGACACUUGAAGCUGGUCUACUGAGUUGCCAUGGUGACAAGCAAAGGACAAUACCACCCCCAAUCAGAAGAUCACCUUUGACUGUUAUGAUUCCUUCCCUCUUAAGCCUCAGUUACUCCAGAGUUGGCACUUUGCGACCUCACGCCAUCUAUCCUCCCAGCUGCACGAUUGUAUUUGAAAAAAAAAAAAAACCCCAACAACAACAAAACACACACCUCCAGCCUGGCUCUGGCUUACCAAUGGAGUCUUUGCAGAAGACCAGCGGUUGAGACAUGACUGCUCGCCGCCCAGGGGUUGAAAAAGAAGACAGAAAGACCACAUCUUGGAACCCGAUCUUCUGGGAGCAGAAUUACAGAAUGACUUCAUUUUCCCCCUUCUCUCUGUUGACUUGUUGCUAUUCAACUGUUUAAAAAAAAUUGUCCGUGGGUUAGUAUUUGUAUAUGUAUGAGUGUAUGUAUAUGUAUAUAUAUUUAUAGAGAGAGAAGAGAUAUACAAUAGGGUUAGCUUUUGUAUGGCAUUCACCAUAGGCUUGUGGUCGGUGGGGCAGAGAAUAGAAUAGAAGGCACCAUAGCAGAUAACCAGUAACAGCUACAAACACUGUAGAGGCUUCCUGUGCAAGGUUUUAAUCAAACAGAGAUUGCAUAUGGCAGUAGUAACAGGUGCCACAGCCACACUGGUGGCUUUUUAAAAAAACAAUAAGUCUUCUACCACAAUCCUGUCUGACUUGAUGUAUAUUCAUCUACUCUUCCCUUGACCCAGAAGAAUGGUUUUAUU